CCGGCGUCCCGAGCGGCGGGGCUCUCGCGCGGAGCGGGGAGCUGUGUGUGGCCGGCGGGACCCGGGCGAGUGACUGGCCAUGUCACUGUCCCACUUGUACCGGGACGGGGAAGGCCACAUGGAUGACGAUGAGGACGAGCGGGAGAACUUCGAGAUCACCGACUGGGAUCUCCAGAAUGAAUUCAACCCCAACCGGCAGCGCCACUGGCAGACCAAGGAAGAGGCCACCUAUGGAGUGUGGGCAGAGCGGGACUCGGACGAAGAGAGGCCCAGCUUUGGAGGCAAACGGGCCCGCGACUACUCUGCACCGGUCAACUUCAUCAGCGCGGGGCUCAAGAAAGGGGCAGCAGAGGAGGCGGAGUUGGAAGAUUCCGAUGAUGAAGAGAAACCUGUUAAGCAGGAUGACUUUCCUAAGGAUUUCGGACCCAAGAAGUUAAAAACGGGUGGCAAUUUUAAACCCAGCCAGAAAGGCUUUGCAGGAGGAACCAAGUCUUUCAUGGAUUUUGGCAGCUGGGAAAGACACACAAAAGGGAUUGGACAGAAGCUUCUUCAGAAGAUGGGCUACGUCCCUGGAAGGGGCCUCGGGAAGAACGCACAGGGUAUCAUUAACCCAAUCGAAGCCAAACAGAGAAAGGGAAAGGGCGCUGUGGGAGCUUACGGCUCGGAGCGUACCACUCAGUCCCUGCAGGACUUCCCCGUGGUCGACUCAGAAGAGGAAGCGGAGGAGGAGUUUCAGAAGGAGCUGAGCCAGUGGAGGAAAGACCCCAGCGGCAGCAAGAAGAAGCCCAAAUACUCGUACAAGACGGUGGAGGAGUUGAAGGCCAAGGGCAGGAUUAGCAAGAAGCUCACCGCCCCCCAGAAGGAGCUUUCUCAGGUCAAGGUGAUAGACAUGACUGGGCGGGAGCAGAAGGUCUACUACAGCUACAGCCAGAUCAGCCACAAGCACAGCAUCCCUGACGACGGGCUGCCGCUGCUGGCGCCGCCGCUGCCACAGCCCGGCAGAGAGGCCAAGGCCCCGGGCUUCGCGCUGCCCGAGCUGGAGCACAACCUGCAGCUGCUCAUCGACCUCACGGAGCAGGAGAUCAUCCAGAACGACCGGCAGCUGCAGUACGAGCGGGACAUGGUGGUCACCCUCUCCCACGAGCUGGAGAAGAUGUCGGAGGUCCUGGACCACGAGGAGCGGCUCAUCGGCAACCUCAGCAAGGUCCUGGAGAUGGUGGAGGAGUGCGAGCGGCGCAUGCAGCCCAACUGCAGCGACCCCCUCACCCUGGACGAGUGCGCCCGCAUCUUCGAGACCCUGCAGGACAAGUACUACGAGGAGUACCGGAUGUCCGACCGCGUGGACCUCGCCGUGGCCAUCGUCUACCCGCUCAUGAAGGAGUACUUCAAGGAGUGGGAUCCCCUCAAAGACUGUACUUACGGCACCGAGAUCAUCUCCAAGUGGAAAAGCCUGCUGGAGAACGACCAGCUCCUGUCCCACGGUGGGCAGGACCUCUCGGCAGAUGCCUUUCACAGGCUCAUUUGGGAAGUCUGGAUGCCUUUUGUUCGAAACAUUGUCACCCAGUGGCAACCAAGGAACUGUGACCCGAUGGUGGACUUUUUGGAUAGCUGGGUGCACAUUAUCCCCGUGUGGAUCCUAGAUAACAUACUGGACCAGCUCAUCUUCCCCAAGCUGCAGAAAGAGGUGGAGAACUGGAACCCGCUGACGGACACCGUCCCCAUCCACUCGUGGAUCCACCCGUGGCUGCCCCUCAUGCAGGCGCGCCUGGAGCCGCUCUAUUCCCCCAUCCGCAGCAAGCUGUCCAGCGCCCUGCAGAAGUGGCACCCCAGCGACUCCUCGGCCAAGCUCAUCCUGCAGCCGUGGAAAGAUGUCUUCACCCCUGGCUCCUGGGAGGCAUUCAUGGUCAAGAACAUAGUGCCCAAGCUGGGGAUCUGUCUCGGAGAGCUAGUCAUUAACCCCCACCAGCAGCACAUGGAUGCUUUUUAUUGGGUCAUCGACUGGGAAGGGAUGAUCUCCGUCUCCAGCCUGGUGGGGCUCCUUGAGAAGCACUUCUUCCCCAAGUGGCUUCAGGUGCUGUGCUCCUGGCUCAGUAACAGCCCCAAUUAUGAAGAGAUCACCAAGUGGUACCUGGGUUGGAAGUCCAUGUUCUCAGACCAAGUGCUGGCACACCCGUCCGUCAAGGACAAAUUUAACGAAGCCCUGGAUAUCAUGAACAGGGCGGUGUCCUCCAAUGUUGGGGCCUACAUGCAGCCAGGAGCGCGGGAGAACAUUGCCUACCUCACCCACACGGAGCGGAGGAAGGACUUCCAGUACGAGGCCAUGCAGGAGCGACGUGAGGCCGAGAACAUGGCCCAGAGGGGCAUCGGCGUGGCCGCCAGCUCCGUGCCCAUGAACUUUAAGGACCUCAUCGAGACCAAGGCAGAGGAGCACAACAUUGUCUUCAUGCCCGUCAUUGGGAAGCGACACGAAGGCAAGCAGCUCUACACCUUUGGCCGCAUCGUCAUCUACAUCGACAGGGGAGUGGUAUUCGUCCAGGGCGAGAAGACCUGGGUGCCCACCUCACUGCAGAGCCUGAUAGACAUGGCCAAGUAGACUGCAGCAGGCCAGGGCAGGCUGGACACUCGCACCUGAGAGGGACAUAUUUAUGAAUAAACAAGAUUUUAAACCGUC